AAAGCGAUGGGUCAAGGGUGUUCGGAGGCGGGAAGAUGGCUGUGUGUAUCGAUGCUGCAUCGUUCAGGAAUACUGGGGAAACAACAUGCCAUCAUCUGCCGUGCACAAUUAACGCAAAUGGCAAGGCAAAUGUAGCAGACUUCUUUGAAACAGCAAUAAGAAUUGAAAAUGAAGGUUUGACAUCGUCAUUCAGGGGUCGGCCACUACAUGGCCAAGAAGUGACAUUGCCAGAGGGCUUCAUAGGCGUUGUUCUGAAGGAGAAAGGGGAAGCAGUAAUUGAAGAAGAAGUCCGUCAGCUGCAUGUGCAGCAUCGGUUUUUGAAGUUCACAGCCUGGAAUCUUGAUAAAAUUCCAAAUGCAGAUGACAGAUUAAAUAAGGCUUUGAGAUGGAUCAGCAUUGCAAGGGCACUUCACAGACCAGUAGACCUGGAGAGCAGUCAGCAAAGUGUUUCAGGAAAAUGACAUUAUCAAGAGGAACUGUGAUGAUUUAUUUCUCUUCUUUGGAGGGAGCAGUAUCAGUUGUUUUUCUCAGAUAAGAAAGCUCAUAUUAUUAAGAUUAUGGACUCUAACCUGAGCCUGUCUUAUUUCUUUCAGGCAUCUAUAACUCUUUAAACUUAGCUGUGCAAUAUCAUUGCAUUUCGAAGUUGUGUUCAUUCAGACCCAGAUUACUAUGCAUUUUGCUGAACAGUCUAUUUGAGUUUAUAUUUGUGCCAAUGUUAAAAAAAAGGUUUCAUAUGAUGGUUUAAAUUUUGCCCAUAAUGAUUAAAAUCUUUUCAAGAUA